CUUACGAAAUGACGUCAGGAGGAUAUGACGGUAACUGCGAGAUGACAUCAGAAGGCGGUGCUGACCGUGCGUGUUGACGUCAAGCGGCGGUUUCCCCGCCGCUCUGCUUGGACUUUCUCUGGGACAUGGAGGAAUACGCGAGGGAGCCAUGCCCCUGGCGGAUUGUCGAUGACUGUGGCGGUGCCUUCACUAUGGGUGCCAUUGGAGGUGGCAUAUUCCAGUCGAUUAAAGGCUUCAGGAAUGCUCCAGUUGGGGUGAGACACCGGUUCAGGGGAAGUGUCAAUGCUGUGAGGAUCAGAGCGCCUCAGAUAGGCGGUAGUUUUGCCGUGUGGGGCGGUCUCUUCUCCACUAUCGACUGUGGCCUGGUCAAACUCCGUGGCAAAGAGGAUCCCUGGAACUCCAUUACCAGUGGGGCACUCACAGGGGCAGUGCUGGCUUCCAGAAGUGGUCCUCUGGCGAUGGUGGGUUCUGCCAUGAUGGGGGGGAUUCUUCUCGCCCUGAUCGAAGGGGUUGGGAUCUUGCUCACCAGAUACACAGCUCAGCAAUUCCAGAACCCGAGCCCCUUCAUGGAGGACCCCAGCCAGCUACCUCCGAAGGAGCCAUCAUCGCGAUACAGGGGCUACGGUCAGUACCAGUAACCAUACAGAGGGAGAGAGGGAGUGAGAGAGAGGGGGGGUCUGACAGGAGCUGGUGGACUCAGCCCAGCAUCAGUGACCGGUGUCGGACCCUGAGAUCGAGGCCGGAGUAUCCGCUUUGCGCACUUUGACUGUGAAACACUUUCUGCUGAUGGAGCCAUUGCGAAUUGAAUCUCCACUGCUUGGAGCUCCUGGGAGGGGACAGACCCUGGGGGAUGGAGGGGGCG